AUGAAGAUCUUACUACUUGUAGUGUUGGCAACGUUUGCCUCCGGUCAGCAGUUACAGCAGACAGCCUACGAUGUUGCUGUGAGACUAGCUGAACCAGGAUACUUCCAACAAAGAAAUUCCUUCAGCUCCAGUUCAUCUAGAAAUGGUGGUCCUGGAUUCGGAUCUGGUUCUAUUAUCGGCAGUCAGUUCGGAUCAGGUUCAAGAGGCACCAAAUCUGGAUCACUGACUGGGUUCCCUGCUGGCGCUGGCAUCAGUGGUUCAAACUUCGGUUCCCUGAAAAAGAGUGGAUUCCAGUUUGUUUCUUCAGCUACACCUGGAUUUGGUUCUGGAUCAGCAUUUACAAGCAGUGGAUUCGGAUCUAGCACCUCAAACAGAAAAACUUUUGGAUCAAGUAUCGGUGGAUCACAGGCAGGUUCAGUAAGUGGUAGUCGACUCCAAUCUGGUGGAAGAUUCCAGUCUGGGUCACCAAGCAUUAACAGAUUCCAACCUGGUUCAUCAAGCAGCAGUGGAUUCCAAUCUGGUUCAUUUGGUGGAAGCAAAUUCCAAUCUGGUUCAUCAUCAAGCAACCGUGGAUUCCAGUCUGGUUCAUUCGGUAGAAGCAAAUUCCAGCCUGGUUCAUCAAGCAGUAGUGGAUUCCAAUCUGGUUCAUUCGGUAGAAGCAAAUUCCAGCCUGGUUCAUCAAGCAACCGUGGAUUCCAGUCUGGUUCAUUUGGUGGAAGCAAAUUCCAAUCUGGUUCAUCAUCAGGCAGCAGUGGAUUCCAGUCUGGUUCAUUUGGUGGAAGCAAAUUCCAGCCUGGUUCAUCGGGUAGCAAGGUAGUAAUUAGCAGUGGAUUCCAGAAGAGUUCACCAAGUGUUACUGGCUUCCAGUCCACUUCAUCAAGUGCAUUCCAAUCCAGUUCACCAAGCACCAAUGGAUUCCAGUCUGGAACCCCAAGCACCAGUGGAUUCCAAUCUGGAACCCCAAGCACCAGUGGAUUCCAAUCUGGAACCCCAAGCACCAGUGGAUUCCAAUCUGGAACCCCAAGCACCAGCGAAUUCCAAUCUGGAACCCCAAGCACCAGUGGAUUCCAGUCUGGAUCACUAAGCACUAGUGGAUUCCAAUCUGGAACCCCAAGCACCAGUGGAUUCCAAUCUGGAACCACAAGCUCCAGUGGAUUCCAGUCUGGAACCCCAAGCACCAGUGGAUUCCAAUCUGGAACCCCAAGCACCAGUGGAUUCCAGUCUGGAUCACUAAGCACUAGUGGAUUCCAAUCUGGAACCCCAAGCUCCAGUGGAUUCCAAUCUGGAACCCCAAGCACCAGUGGAUUCCAAUCUGGAACCCCAAACACCAGUGGAUUCCAAUCUGGAACCCCAAGCACCAGCGGAUUCCAAUCUGGAACCCCAAGCACCAGUGGAUUCCAGUCUGCAUCACUAAGCACUAGUGGAUUCCAAUCUGGAACCCCAAACACCAGUGGAUUCCAAUCUGGAACCCCAAGCACCAGCGGAUUCCAAUCUGGAACCCCAAGCACCAGUGGAUUCCAGUCUGCAUCACUAAGCCUCCCAAGCUCCGGUGGAUUCCAAUCUGGAACCCCAAGCACCAGUGGAUUCCAAUCUGGAACCCCAAGCACCAGUGGAUUCCAAUCUGGAACCCCAAGCACCAGCGGAUUCCAGUCUGGAUCACCAAACACAAGUGGAUUCCAACUUGGAUCACCAAACACCAAUGGAUUCCAGUCUGGAACACCAAGCACCAGUGAAUUCCAAUCUGGAUCACCAAACAUCAACGAAUUCCAAUCUGGAUCACCAAACAACAACGGAUUCCAGUCUGGAUCAUUAAGCACUAGUGGAUUCCAGUCUGGAACCCCAAGCACCAGCGAAUUCCAAUCUGGAUCACUAAACAGCAAUGGAUUCCAGUCUGGAUCACCAAACACUGAUGGAUUCCAGUCUGGAUCACCAAACAGCAAUGGAUUCCAGUCUGGAACACCAAGCACCGGCGAAUUCCAAUCUGGAUCACCAAACAUCAAUGAAUUCCAAUCUGGGUCACCAAACAGCAACGGAUUCCAAACUGGAUCACCAAACAGCAAUGGAUUCCAAUCUGGGUCACCAAACACAAGUGGAUUCCAGUCUGGAUCACCAAACAGCAACGGAUUCCAGUCUGGAUCACCAAAUACCAACGGAUUCCAGUCUGGAUCACCAAACAACAACGGAUUCCAAUCUGGGUCACCAAACAACAACGGAUUCCAGUCUGGAUCACCAAACAGCAACGGAUUCCAGUCUGGAUCACCAAACAGCAACGGAUUCCAAUCUGUGUCACCAAACAACAACGGAUUCCAAACUGGAUCACCAAACAACAACGGAUUCCAAUCUGGGUCACCAAACAGCAACGGAUUCCAAUCUGGGUCACCAAACAGCAACGGAUUCCAGUCUGGAUCACCAAACAGCAACGGAUUCCAAUCUGGGUCACCAAACAGCAACGGAUUCCAAUCUGGGUCACCAAACACCAGUGGAUUCCAGUCUGGAUCACCAAACAGCAAUGGAUUCCAGUCUGGAUCACCAAACAGCAAUGGAUUCCAAUCUGGGUCACCAAACAGCAAUGGAUUCCAGUCUGGAUCACCAAACAGCAACGGAUUCCAAUCUGGGUCACCAAACACCAGUGGAUUCCAGUCUGGAUCACCAAACAGCAACGGAUUCCAGUCUGGAUCACCAAACAGCAAUGGAUUCCAAUCUGGGUCACCAAACACCAGUGGAUUCCAGUCUGGAUCACCAAACACCAGUGGAUUCCAGUCAGGAUCACCAAACAGCAACGGAUUCCAAUCAGGAUCACCAAACACCAGUGGAUUCCAGUCUGCAUUGCUCAGUGGAAGUGGAUUACAAUCUAGCUCCUCAGGCAGCAUUAAUGGUUUUGGACUCCUGAGUGGUUCUGUAAGCAGCAUUGGAUCCCAGUUCAGUUCAAAUACGGAAGAAGUAUUUGGAGAAUUUGAACCUCUUAACCUCCCAGCUGAUGCUAGUAAUAUUUUGGGAAGAAUCUCAACAUCAUUUACCUGCGCAGACCGUCCCUACGGAUAUUAUGCUGAUAAGGAGAACUCAUGCCGGGUCUUCCACAUCUGCUACCCCGCUCUCUUUGCUAAUGGUGCUGUUGAGACCUCCCAGUACAGCUUCCUAUGUGGAGAAGGAUCAGUGUUUGACCAGAAGACCUUAGCUUGUGUGCCAGAAACAGAUGCCAUUCCUUGUCAAGAAUCUAACAAUUACUUCUUCACCAAUGAACAAUUUGGUCGCCCAGAAGAUAAAAGAAUCUAA